AUGUUCAACUUCAACUUCUUCAAGUCCGCCCCCGCUGAGGCCCAGGCCCAGGAGAAUACCUGGAACUCCAACACUGUCGCCAUGCAGCAGCCCUCCAGCCCCGCUGCCCCCUCGACCAACCAGAAUGUCGUCUCCGAGCAGCCGGCAAGCCAAGAGGAGAUGUCCAUGCAGCUGCGCGGUGGUGGCGGCGGUGGCCUUUGCUGCGGAAUUUGCGCCGGUCUUGCCUGCUUCGAGUGCUGCGAGAUCUGCUGCUAA